GUUGAGAUUGAAUUGUCCUGAAGCACCCUGCUGGCACUAUUGGCAGGGGAAUUGUUAUUGCAUGGAGAGGAGUCGCACUGGGACUUGGACUGAAGCAUUGAGAUACUGCAAACGAUAUCGAGAUACAGAACUAUUAAAAAUCACUAAUGCCUCAGAAAAGAAAUGGAUUUUAGGGUUGCCUCUGAACAAUUUCUGGAUUGGAUUAAAUAAUUUGGAAAAUGUGACUAAUUUUGCCUGGUCGGAAGGGACACUGGCAGACAUAACAGCACCCUGGCUUUGGAUGUCACGCCCAGGCCAACCAAACAAUGCUUAUUGUGUGAAGAUUUCCAACGGCAUCUUGAUUGCUGUGGACUGUAGUGCCAAGGCCCAUUGGAUCUGCAAGCGAAGUGCGGAUACUGAGCGGUAUCAGGAACACAAAGGAAAGGUACUUCUCUCGCCACCAAGUAUUCCAUCACAAGUACAUGCAGAUUUGAAUUCUGCUAAAGAAACUUGCCUGGAGCUUAGGGAGAAAUGCACAGGAAUUUCUACAUGGAAUAAUGCAUAUGCCCUUGCCAGGGGGACCGUAUUGUUGAAAAGUGAGGAGAGCAAUUCCUAUGCCUAUGUAAAAUCAGAUUGCUCCAUGGGUUACUUCGGAAGGGAUUGUUCCUCUGUGUGCGGUUUGUGUCACAACGAUGAUCUGUGCAGUCCCUACACGGGAACUUGUGACGAUUUCCAUUUGUGCAGUGUUCAGAGUGCACCUGCAGCCUGUGAGAGAGCUAUGAAAAGUUUGUGGUGCCCCCAUUCUUCUGGUUGGUCGUAUUGGAGUGGCAACUGUUACUACUUCGGCACAGAGGCCCCUGCCAGCUGGCUUCAAGCAAGGGAGAAGUGUAGAAGAUACAGAAGUGCAGAUCUGCUAUGGAUUGAGAGUCCAGAAGAAAUGAACUGGUUGUUCUCGGCAAUUCCAUCUGAAACCUUUUGGAUUGGAUUGAAUAGCAGGCAGCAAGAGCCUAUCUGGAUUUGGUCAAAUGGGAAGUCAGCUGCUAAAGAACUUGAUUGGUUAUCCAUAACUGGAAAUCCAUCUGGAAGAUGUGCAGGUAUCCAGCCAGCACCCAGAAGUAUUUUAAAGUUUAACUGUGAAAAUAAGUACAGAUGGCUUUGUAAGAAAGCUGAAUCUCCACACAUUUUUGAUGUGUUUCUUAGUCGGUACCUGUCAAGACCAUUUUCAUCACAGAAGAUCUACAACUCCCUCCAUAGUGCUAAGAUAGACUGCUUGUAUGACAGGAACUGCACAGGAGUAGUAAAAGUCUCACAGUAUUUCAGAAGAAUGGCAGGAAUUGAUGAAAUCCACUUUGCUCCUUUUACUGCUCCCUCAAGUGCUAUUUCGUAUGUAAAACGUGGUAUGUGUCACACUCCAAGUACAAAUUUGCUGCAGGUACAGAAGAAUGAUAGCCAUGUGGUAAAUUGCAUUAACUUUUUACCUAUAUUGCCUCACCAGUCUAUGGUAGUUAAAGCAAGUUGAAAUAUUUCAUCAAAAUUUGGCCAG